AUGACUUCAGUUGCACGGCAAGACCCUCAAAAGAAGAGCAAACAGAAGUCUGGUAGUGUCUCUGAGAUAAUUAUUGCUGGUGAGGGCAUAAGCUCCUCUCCAAAGGUUGAGAAGAACCUCACCUUGCAGCAGGAGAAAUCUCAAACAGUCCAGCUGGUUGCUGCCAGGAAGGGAACACAGUCUAGUCUGAAGAGAGAACUAAGCUCUUUGUGGGUUCAGGAGAAGUUUCAGGCUGUAAAAAAGCUAAAAUCCUCUCCCUCUUCUCCUGAAAUAGCCACUGCUCCUCCCUCAGUGAGAGAUCUCUCAGCUGUGCUUGAAGAAAUCCAGGUUAUCAAGGGGACGUUGCAGGUACUUUCAGACUCAUCAAUGGAAAUUAAAGCCAAGCUCUCCAAGGUACACAGUGAAAUCUCACAGAUCAACAUGCUGAUGGAGAAAAAUGAAUCAGGAAUCAGCCAAAUUGGAGACCAAGUAAAGAUGCAAGUCAAUAAAUGGGAGGCCAGCUCGCCAGAUAUGAAGACACAGCUCUGUAUUGCAGACAAACAGGAUCUCACCCUACAGCAGGAGCAGCAGAGGUCUGUAACGCAGGAGUCCGGUGCUGCUGCAGGAGAAGUGGUGGAGCAACACAUUGUCCAGAAUCAAUGGGACCUCACUCUUUGGCAAGGGAAGAGGAAACCUGAAACAGCAGGGCCCCUGAUAACAGGAGACUGGACAAGCUCUCAAACUCAACAGGACUCCUCCGCACUACCGCAGGAGGAAGGCAAUGGUCAUAGCGGCAAAGAGCAUACUAGUUUGGUCUCACUUACCGACCUGGUGCUGACAACUGUAGCCAGUCUGAAGGACUCUGACCAUGCCAGUGAAGCAGCCACGACAACACUGGCUGCAAUUCUGGAGGACCACGGGGCUGAGAUGAAGGAGAAGGUGUCAGACAUUGUGGAUGGCAUCUAUCUCCAGAUAAACAACAUCCCAGAGGGCAGUGCCAGGCGGGCAGCUCUCAGGGUGGUGUGUUCAUUGGCUGAGGAGUACCCAGAGGAAGUGGUCUCAAGCCUUCUGAGACACUCGCUCCCAUGUGACAGCAAUGCUGCUGAGCUGUGGAAGGGCCUGUGCAGAAACCUAGAAAUCAAUGCCAAAGUUAUGUGGCAGCUGCUCAGAGAGCUGAAACCCCGACUCCAGGAGAACAGCAGCAGCUCUGGUGAUGGAGCCUCCCUCACUCCACUGGCUGCAACCAGAGCCCUGUGUGAGAUGCUUACUAUCUAUGUGUGCAUUGGGGCAAUGCGGGGCUUCUACCCUCAGCUAUUCCUAGCUCUGCUGACUCAAGUUCACUACCUGGUGAGCCUGCCAGGCUACACUGAGGUCACCAGAAGGGAGUGCGGCCAGCAGAACAGGCUCACGACAGCCAGCCAUGUGAGCUGUGCAGUGGAAGCUCUGAAGGUCCUGCUGAUCCGAGAUAGAAAAGAAAUUGUAUUGCCAUGGAUGGAGAAAGUGGGAGGCUGGGACCUUCUCUCAACUGCUGAGGGUUACCUGGAAGGGGUCCUUCUGCUGGCUAGAGCCAUGGUUACACAUGCAAGCCACCAUCUCUCUGGGCUUCUUGCCAAUACCAUCCCAAAUCUCCGCAUUGAGGAUGAAGAGAAAACUUUGACAGCCAUGGCCUUCUUCACUGGGCUUCUCCGUAGCAAAUCUGUGACCAAGCUAUUGCCAAGACGAACUAUUCUGGGUAGGCUGGAAGAGUGGCGGAUAGAUCCGAGACCCACUGUCCGCUGGCUAAGUCUGCAUGGGCUUGGAAACAUGGCACUUCACCAGCAGAAGGUGAAACAGCUCCAGGCUCUCCUUCCUGCCAUCCUGGUGGGUUUGAACGAGACACACGAGAGGCUUGUUGAGGAGGCCAUCACUGCUCUGGGAAGCAUUCUCAGACACCACAGGGACAGGGUGAACAUCAGCUCCAUCUGUGUUCGGAUUGCGAAGACGCUUCGGCCCUUCCUGGAUGACCCCAGAGACAAGGUGCGUUCUUCUGCCAUUGGCCUGUUUGGGACCCUCUUAAGAGGUUUGAACCUAAAGUCUAAAUCCAUCAUGCAGGAGCAAGUCCUCAGCAGCUUGGUGCCGUUGCUCCUCCUUUUGCAUGACCAGGACCAGGAGGUGGUUGAGAGCUGUGAGUGGACUUUAGCCCGAUGUAAUGACUUCCUGGGAUGGAAAUUGCUGGAGGAGAUAUUCACCAUGGCCCAUUAUGACAAUCAGCAGGCCUUGUGCAAUGUCUGCAAGCACCUGGUUCAGCAAUACUCAGGCAGAAUCCAUGAAUUCCUGUUCCAGAGCCAGCACUAUCUGAAGAGUAGCCAGGCUCCCGUGAGGAGGGCAGCCAGUAUGUUCACAGGGUUCAUUGUUCAUCACAUGGAUGCCUGCCGCAUGAGUGGAGGAGAUAUGUCCUCACUGCUCAGUGCUCUCAGUGAUUCGCUGCUUGACCCUGAGCCCUCAGUCUGCAGUGUUGCCUCUGUCUCUAUCCAGCAAGUGAAGCAAGUCUCUGAGAAUCUGGCUGUGACAAGCGUCCUGAUCUCACUGAGGAGGCUAUUCUGCUGCGUGACCAGCCAAAACAGAGAGAAACCUCUGUAUGAGGACAGCCCUUUUAAAAGAAAGAGAUGGAUGGAAUUUCAAGAUUCAAAGACUGUGUGAGAAUUAAUUAAAAAAAAGUAAGAAUAAAACAAGAGACUCCUUACUGGAGACUUCCAUGCCUCUGGUCCUGCAUUGGGAAGCACACAAAAAGGAAAAAAAUCCCACGCUCUCUGUAGAAGAACUUGUUC